AUGGCAACGAAUGCUGAACAACGUAGUUCUGAGAAGUCUUCGAAAAGCAGCGGUGAAAGUGCCAUACAUAUGAAUUCUGUUGAUGUUAUAAAUGGUAUUGAGGAGACAUUUGCUGUACUAUAUGUGAAAAGGGAUGUCUCAUUUCAUUUCCCUCUGAAGCUCUUUGUGUUAGAGGGUAUUAGUCAGGCAAACAAUUUGAGCUUCAAUGUUAGUAGAGUGGUGUUUAUAAAAAAUGGAUUGCAGAAUGGAGUUUGCCACAAUUCUCAACCAUGUUUCUCGGAUGAGAAAUCUGGGAGCACUCGCGUAAAAACUCCAGAUGAACCAUCAAUUACAAACGGAGAACUUUCACCAUCUUCAUUAAGAAGAAGCACACGUAUAUGUGCUUUGAAAGCUGCCGAAAAAAUCAAACUGAAAGAGUCUGUCUCUCCACUUAUCGAAGGUUAUGCAUCGAACAGCAACGAUGGUUAUUAUUCUGGUGACGGUGAAAACGAUGAACCUGAGAGACCAAUUAAAAAAAGAAGAAUUGCUUCUCGGUUUUACUUAGACCAAUUUGACUGCAAAUUUGGAGUCAAAUUUGUGAAUGAUGAAGUUCUUUUAAUGAGCGAUGAGUCUGAAAUAUCAAGUUUAAAUGAAGAAGAAGUGGAGCAGGUUAAAAAGGUUUAUGAGAAGAAUAUGGUGACGCAAACAGAGGAGCAGUUACGUGAGAGGGCAUUAAUGGUGAAGACUAUAGAGGAGGAGUUAAGGUUGGAGGAGGCUAAGUUAACCAUGCUGAAGACGUUGAAGAAAAGCCAACAGAUAACUGUAUCGCAAAUGCAGGAGGCUAACAUGCGUAAACUCACUGCUAAUAUUGCUCAAAAUGGCAGCGGGACUGCUUAUAAACCACCGGUCGCAACGCCGCAAGGGCGUGGUGGUUCAAAUCAUAGUGCCCACAGUAGAAGUUCGCUGAACGCGCAAAAUAAUGCUCGGACAGCUUCACUUGCUGCAGCUUUUAUGAAUUUGCCUCCACAACAGCAACAGUUAAUCCAACAAGCAGCGAAGAAUGGCAUUUUGAAUACUGCAACUGCACAAAUACUUUUGCAAGCCCAUCAACAGUGUCAAGCGAACGGCCGGCUAAGUAGUCAGCAGCAACAACAGUUAGCUGCAUUGGCGCAACAGCACCAUACUCGGAACACUUCGUCGGCUAAUGUAAUUAGAGAAUCACCGGCCCAGAAAGCUGCUGCUGCGAAGUUAAAACUGCGACGUGAACUUGAACAACAUCUGCUUAGAAUUCCUCCACCCAGGCCUCCUCCUCCUGACAUGCAUUUUAUUCCGAAUGCUAAUCAGCCAGAUUUUUGUGCAUUACUCGGGUUAGACAUUGCAGUACAAAGGCUUCUGAAGGACAAAAACGCGACACGGCAAGUUUCGGAAGAACCAUAUGUUUGCGAGGAAUGCGGGACCGAUUUUACUCCCGUGUGGCGUGCAAUAGGCACUAGUGAAGAAGAUCUACAUCUUUAUUGUGAAACGUGUGUUAAGGCCUCACAGAAGCGAAAAAUGCGGCAAGAGCAUACUGCUUUACUAAGAAAGGAGCUUGAGAGAGUUAUGGAAAAAGAACAGGAACUGGAGAAGCAAAUAGCAGAGGGUAAGUAUGAUAGUCCUUUGCCUUCGACUUCUACUCCUCGUGUUCAUACACCUGCAGCUACACCACCUCCACACGCUAAAUCGACGGCAGGCUCAGCUUCACAUGGGGGAUCAUUGAAGACUUCGGCAAGCACGAGUGUUAGUUCUUUUGUUCAUAAAAACAAAACACAUCAUCACAAUACUCCAAGUUCUCACAAAUCUAGCCCGCAUAAACGCCCUGCUGUAACACCGUCGAAUACACCUAGUUCAUCAGCCAGUACCGCAGCAUCAAUCCAGAGUGCGGCAGCAGCUGCUGCGAUAGCAGCUGCAGCAGCUAGUAGUGCUGGUGGGGCUAACCUUCUGCAACAGCAAAUGGCUAGUGCUUCUGCGCUCCGGCAGAUGAAUCCGAUGCUUGCAACGAUGAUGGCAAAUCCGCUGUUUUCUGCACCAAAUAUGUUACAGUGGCCUGCGGCUCUCAUGCAACAGCAGCGCGGACUACCGAAUUUGACUGCUAUGGCAGCGCUUUUAAAUGCUGCGCAGAAUGUACAACAAGGCAGUGCUAAUGCAGCUGCUGCAAACCCGUUAGCGGCUUUAGCAGCAAUAAAUCCAGCUGUGGCCGCUGUGAUUGCUAAUCCACAAAUGAUGCGACAGUACCAGCAGGUGCAAAAAAAUUUGUUCCUUGAAUAUGCUAAACAAGCAAGGAAAUAA